CUUUCUUAUUAUUAAAGGCUGUUGCUUAAACAAGUAUUUGAAUUUUGAGUUCAAGUUAUUGUUUUUUCAAAUUAUUUUUUAAAUCAGUCAGUGGAUUAUUUAGUAAUUAGUUAAGUACGUUAAUAAACAAAGUUAUGCCUGGGAGAAAAUGUAUCAUCUGUGGACAAAGUAGUUUGGUGACAAAUAAAGAGGGAACUAAUAAAUCUUACUUUUCGUUCCCAAGAGAUGAAAAUUUGAGAAAAAAGUGGGUUAAUGUUUGUCAAAACAAAAUAGAUAACAUUAUCACUGCAAGAAUUUGUUCUGAUCAUUUCAAGGAAGAAGAUUUCCUUCAUAACAAAAAUGGACCUGAGGAAGUAAGAAAAAAACGUCUCAAAUGUAAUGUAGUGCCUUCUAUAAAUUUAGAAGCAACAAAUGGAAAACAAUCUCGAAAUAAUGUCAACUUCAAAAAUAACAGUACAGAAAAUUCAAAAGACUGUUUGAAAAAAAGGGAUUCUUCAAAAGAAACUGAAAGUAUAAAAGACCAAAAUUCUAUUUUACAUUCUAAAAGGAAGAGCACUUCAGUAAACAAAAAUAGCAAGAGCAUAAGGGAUCAAAUUAAAAGAAAGAGUAUUUCAGAAAACAACAAACAUCCUAGUAUGUUACCUAAACAAACCAAUGUUAAAGGAUUAAAUAACAAAGAAAAUACCAAAGGAUUGACAAAAAGAAAAAAUCGUUUAGAAAAUAUCUCACUUGGAAUCAAGGAAAUAUCCAAGAAUAAAAUGGAUAAAGACUCAUUAAAGAAUAAAAGUAAAUCACUAAAUAAUAUUUCUAUUAAAAAAGAUCUGCCUAGACAUAAGGUUGCUGAAAAAUCUAUUAGUAAAGAAAAUAAAAAGGAAAUUUCUGUAGAGAAAUUUAAUAAUCUAGCCAAUGAUACAUUAAAAAACAUCUCCAAAGAACAAAAGCUCACUAAGCCAAUGAUAACUAAAUCAAGUAAAAAGGGGAUAAAUAAGAAAAAAAGUUAUCCAGAAAUACACUUAGAAGACCAAAAUGAAAGCAUAAUCGGAAAAGAAUCUGAGUUUCCAAAUGAAAAAUCAUCUGAAAAUAACAAGGAUGAAACAAAAGAUACAUUAGAAAGCAAUUCAGAAAAUGUUGAUGCUAAUAAAAAAACAAAAAAGAGGAAAAGUUUACUGAGCAAUGAAAUGCCUAGAAAAGUUCAUAAAAAAAGAAUCAGAUUAGGAAAGGAUGAUUCAGAAGAUUCUGAAGAUUCUUCUUCUGAAUGUACGAGUACAAUUUGUGUGUCUAGGAAUAAAAUUACCUAUAAAUCCCCUUCUGAAAUGGCUGAAAAUGAAGAUCUGCUCAAGUACUUAAACUAUUUGAAAGAAAAAUCAAAAUCUACUGAUCAACCUAUAUUAUUUUGGGUUGAUGAUUAGACUUCAAACAUUAUUGUUACCAGAAGAAUAUUUUUGGUUGUUAUACUGAAAUCUGUUGUAUGUAAGCGUUGUAAAUGAAUAUUGCAGAGUUAACUUAGUUAUUUUCAUACUGUUAGUUAACUAGAUCAUGAAUUAUUGCUUAGUUCUAAACCGUAAAGUACUUUAGGAAUAAUGUUAGUAAUUUAUUAUUAUUAUUUUUUUAGAAUUUUUUUAUGAUAACUUUUUUAAAGUAAACUUUAACCCUCCGUCAGCCAUGCCUCUACCAACCUAAUUGUAUACUGUCUAAAUGCCUUUGAUUGAUCCUUCCUGAGUUUUCCAAUCUUUGGUCUUAUCUGUGUAUUUGAAUUUAAAUCUAUAUCAAUACUUCACAGAAAUCAAUCUAAUUUGUUUUUUAUAUAUUAUGGUACAGAAACUUGAUUUUAUAUAAGUAUUUGAAUUUUUAAAAUUCAAAGCUUACUAUUUUGAAGAUAUUUAUAAAAUUUAAACAUUUCAGUUUUAUCGAAUUUAUCAGGUGUUGCCAACGGAUGGUUAAAUGUUUUUUUAAUUGUCUGUUUUAUUGUUGAUCUCACACUAUUAUGAUUUAAAUUAUGGAUGUACAUAAUUUUAUGAAUUUAAGUUUUUGAUAAACAAUCUCUCUUUUGUGUAUAUCACUGCCACAUAUACAGUUCAACAGUAUAGCAUCUAAAGGCUAAUUUUUAGAUGUACAUAUAUUCUUAUCAACAGGGCAAAAUCACUGCAGUUAGCUAAAAAGUCUGUAAUAUCUCUAAAUAAGUUUUCAUGUUGAUUUUUUACCAUUUUACUUAGAUAUUACUGUAAAUGAAUCUUAUUGGUAUUGCCAAUAACAAAUGCACGAUUGAGUUCAAGAUUGCAACAUCUCAAAAAAGUUGAAUUUUAAGAUGUUACACUGUUGAAAUGAAACAGAAAUAUUUUUUUUAGUUAAUAAAGACUAAUUAUGUGCAACAUACUUCUCAAUGUAAAAUUAUUUAUGAUGGACAUUAUUAAAGUAUUUUUUUAAAUAUUAUCUACUUGUACAUAAAUGGUUAACAUUAAUAUUUAUAUUACUAAUGGAGUUUGGAUAAUAUUUGAUUUUUAGAAGGAAUAUCAUAUUUAUUCUUUUAACAAAAAUCAAUAUUGCUUCUAUUUUUCAAUCACUUAUUCAAUAAAAUAAAAGAACAUCAUUUAUCUAUGUAAUUAUUUUUUUGUUUUGAAUAAGUACAAAUAAAUACUUAUUGUUAAUAUUAUCAGAUGAAUAUAAUAAGUAAUUUUUAAUUAUUUUACUUAAAAAUUAUACUUCAUGUUGUAAAUGUACUUAUGUUUGGCAAAAUAUAUGUAAUUAUAAACAUGUUAAAAACAUUAUAGCAGAUGUUAACUAAUUAUGUAAUAAAUUCACCAGCUACUUUCUUCUAUAAUUCUUUAUAAUCCUAUUUUCUUGUACAUUUUAAUAUGUCUUCUUCCUAAUUUUAAUUUAUUAUAUUUUAAUGCAGUUUAGAAAAUAUCUGUAGUUUCAGUAGUUACCUCUUAUUGUAGUUUAGUGAUUUUUAAAUAUGAAAAACAUGGAAUAAGAUAUUGACUUAUAAUAAAUAAGUUAGCUACCAGCAUAGACAUGAUUGUACAUGUAUACUCCUAUAUGAGGGGAAGACUUUUGUACCUCUGUUUAUGAUUGCUUAGUGAUGAACAUCCUUUCGAAGAGGAUCAUAACUGCGCGGAUUUAUUCCAUAUUUUGUAACUGUUGCAGACAGUGAUGGUAGCCACAAGAUAUGAAUUCAAUAUUGCCAAAUGUUUCUCCAUUCUAGAAAAUUAAAAAAAAAAAUCUUUGAAAAUGACUCAUAUAACCGUCUUAAUUGAUGGGGUGAAACUCAUUUGAAAAAAUACUUUGUAAAUUGAAUUUAAAACUGUGGGCUUAUUAUGGUAUCUGUAUCUAAUAACAAUUUAAAUAUUUGACUAAGUUAAACAACCAGUGUCAGGUGUUUUUCUACCUUUCAAUCAAGUUUUUUAAAUUACAUUUUUAUAUUGUAAAUGAUUAAUUAUGAGAAUUGGUAUUUUGCCAUAGAUACGCAGAUCUUUAACCGCCAAAUCAGUACGUUAGGGAAUGGCGUUGGUCUUGGUUAUGGGAAAAGUUUGUUAGGUCUCGUGAUUUUAUUAAAUUACGCCGCCUUCAAUUAUUUUAUAUCUGCCUUUAGUGCAUUUCGUGAUGGUAAACCAGUCUGAUAUUUUUCUGGUUUAUUGUUUUUUACAACAAUGACGCUUCAUAUUGUACUCAUCAAGAGUUUGUUUACAUUUUGAAGCGCCACUUUUGUUCCUUUCAAAACGUUUAAAGAUAAAUGUAGUGAAAUGCUUGGAAAACUGAUUGCACUAACGAAGAAUGGAGAAGAGAAGGAGUCAUUGCCAGUGGUUAAUUUACAUUUUUUUAUUGGAAGUGACUUGUUUUGUGACCUAAGGAUCAACCACAAAGAUAUAGCUGCCCAACAUUGUUUGAUAACUUCACAGAAAAAUAAACCGGCUCUUAUUAGGAACUUAUCGCGGACUGUCCCUACAUUGGUUAAUAGCACUGAAAUUGGAUCUUCUGAUGUGGAACUUAAAGACAGUGAUAUUAUAGCUAUUAGACAUAAAAACUAUAAAUGGUGCUAUGACAGUCCAUCUAAACCAUCUACCUCUUCUCAGACAAGUUUUGUUGUUACUUCAAAAAACAGAAAAUCUUGGCCUUUGUUCAAAAAUAAGCUUGUUGCAGUUGUUACACCACAAAGGAGGGAUGAGCAAAAUGAGGUACUACCUAAAAAAAGAAGAGGAACUAUUGCAGAGGAAAAUAUAUCGAAAAGUAAAUCAACUCCAAAGGUUUUGGCUAUUAAAAGUGGAUUAAGAGCAACCAAUAAACAAACAUUUGGAAAGCGAAAAUCAAGUUUGAAAAAUGCUCAAAAAAGAUCCUCCGUUGAAAGAACUCCUAAGGUAUUGCCAUCGCUUAAUAGAAAAUCAGUUAAGUUUCUGGAUACAUCUGCACCUCGUUCAAGGUUAGGAACCAGAGGAAGAAAGAGCUCCUCAUAUGCUACUCCAUACAAAUGCACACCUGCAAAGCAAAAGCUUUCAGUUUAUUCAACCCCUCCCUCCUCAUUGAAAUACGAUAAAAAGAAACCAAUAAAAAGUAUCUUGAAGACACCUAGCAGUUCGUCUACAACUCCUACAAAGGAAGAAAAAGAUGAAAUACACUUAACUAGUACUUCUGGUAUAUUAACAACUCCUCUGUCUAAUACUCCUGAAGUCAACCUACAUGGUUCUUCAUUAUUAGAAAAUGAUUUGUUACAAACACCUGUAAAGGAGAUACAACCAGAAAUAGUUAUGAGAUCUUCCAAAAGAAAAGCUGCCAUUAUCAGAUCUCCUCCAUCCACUCCCAAGUCUGUAAUAAAAAAAAGAAAGUCACCGGAGGAAAAAUCAAUUGAAGCAUCUGAGCGAGCAGCUAAGAAAUUAAAAAAAGGUCCUCCACAUGCAAUAGAUAAGAAAAAAAGAGCUGCUUUACUACAAUGUCAUCGAAAAAGUUUAACACCUCAUCCAGUGGCAAGGAGUAGUGGAAAAUUUAUAACAAGCUUUCCAUCAUCUUUCAGUAGUCGACUAGAAACUAAUUCACCUACUAGAAUUAUAGUUUCACCUAAAUUUAAUAAUUCCGGGAAAUCAGAAAGCUUGAAAUCGUCUACGGAUCUGCUGACACCAACUGUUAUUAAAUACAGUUCAUUGGGAAAACGUACUGAUUCAAAAUUGAUUCAGCCCAGUACCACUGCAUCACAGGAAAAAAUAAAGCCAAGGGGUAGGAAGAGCUCACAUAAAUCUAUCUCGAAAACAUCUCCCAUUGUGAGGAAGUUCACAAGAGCUUCUAGGGCUGCACAAAUCUCCAAUAAUUUGCCUCAGAAGAUGGAAGCUACUGAUGUGUUGAGUGCUCUUGAUCUCUCUCGUCGAUGGCCUUCCCCAUCACAGGGAGAUAGCUCAUCUCAUGAUGUGUCAAACUUGAGUGGAUUCAAAAAACUUUUUUCUGUUGAUAAAACUCUAGAUGUGCGUGAGCUAUUUCUGGAAACAAAUUCCGAAUUGGACAAUACUACUGAGAAAUCCUUUCAAAGCCCAUCUGAAUCCCACUUGGGAAGGGUAUCGCGGCGUUCUGCUCUGUUGAAAGGAAAGCAGUCUGCUGAUGAAGAAGAGCUGAUGCAUUCAUUUCAAUCAGAAGGAGCUCAAGAUUUACCCUGCUCUGAUAUUACAUCUUCAUCAGUCGAUACCAGCCUAGGAAGAAGGACCAGAUCAUCCAAACGUAAUUUAGAAACCUCUCAAUUAGCAGUAUCAACAAGCUUCAAAAAACGUUCACGAAGUGUACCAUCUUUAACUGAUGAUCUGAACACUCAGGCACAUAGACAAAGUACCAGAAGUAGAGGUAAUAGUAUAAUAUUAAAUAAGACUGAUAAAGAUUCUUCAGCACCAUCAACAUUGCCUGAUAAAACAGUUUCUGAUGAUCAAGAUAUUGUUUCACCAAUUAUCGAAGCAUCCUCUAAUGUAGGAAGGAGGAGAAGAACAUCUAAACUCAGUGUAGGGCCUGAUAAUUCUCAGUUAGAGAAAUCUAUCGGUGUGAAAAAGCGCUCCCGAAGUUUACCAUCAUUAGGUGAUCAGGUUACCCCAAAACAGGCCUCGAGUAUUUUAGAAGAUAUUGCUUUGCCUAAACGAAGUGGCAGGAAGGGAUUUGAUAGUAUACUAUUAAACAAGACCCCUGAGAAUUCAUCGUCAACAACAUCAACAAUGCUUGAUAAAACACAUUCUGUUAAUCAAAAUAAUACUACACCAAUUACUGAAGUAUCCUCCAAUACUAGUGUAAGAAGGAGCAGACCAUCAAAAGUUAGUGUAAGUCCUGAUCAUUCUUCAUUGAGAAAAUCUACAGCUAAACUCUCCCAAAGUUUACCGCCAUCAUCAAGUGAUCAAAUAACACCUAAACAGACCUCAAAUGUUGUGGAAGAUAUUGGUCGCUCUACACGAAGUAGCAGAAAAGUAGAUCAUAAUACUAGUAUAGGAAGGAGGGGCAGACUGUCAAAACUCAGUAUUAGGUCUGACGAUUCUCAGUUUGAAAAAUCUAUCAUUGAGAAAAAACGCUCUCGAAGUUUACCAUCGUCAUCUCAUGAUCAGAUUACACCUAAACAGACCUCGAGUAUUGUUGAAGAUAUUGGUCGCCCUAGACGAAGUAGUAGAAAAGGAGAUGAUAGAAUGUUGAACCUAACAAAUGUAGAUAUAUUAUCCACAUCACCAUCAAAACUUUCUGGAAAUAAAACUGUUUCUGAUAAACCAGAUAAUGCUACUCCAAUUAUUAAAAUUUCCUCCCUUAACGUUACUGGCAGGAGAGGCAGACCAUCAAACCUCAGUGUAGAUCCUGGUAAUACUGAAUUGCAGAAAUCUACUAUUGCGGAAAAAAGCUCACUAAGUUUAACAUCAUCAUCCAUUGAUCAAAUUACACCUAAACAGACCUCGAGUAUUGUAGAAGAUAUUGUUCGCUCUACACGAACUAGCAAAAAAGGAGAUUCUAGUAUAAAUAUAAAUAAGAAUCCUAAACAUUCUUCAUCAACUCCAACAUUGCCUGAUAAAGCUGUUAUGGAUAUUCAAGAUGCUGUUACUCCAAUUAUUAAAACAUCUCUUAACAAAACAGGAAGGAGGGGCAGAUCAUCCAAACUCAGUAUAGGUUCUGAUAAUUCUCAGUUGGAGGAAUCCACUUACAAGAAAAAACGCUCAAGAAGCUUACCUUGUUCAUCCAAUGAUCAGAUUACACCUAAACAGACCUUGAGUAUUGUUGAAGAUGGUCGCUCUACACGAAGUGGCAAAAAAGGAGAUUCUAGUAUAAUUUUAAAUAAGACUCCUAAACAUUCUUCAUCAACUCCAGCAUUGCCUGAUAAGGCUGUUUCUGAUGUACAAGAUGAUGUUACUCCAAUGAUUAAAACAUCUCUUAACAAUACAGGAAGGAGGGGCAGAUCAUCCAAACUCAGUAUAGGUUCUGAUAAUUCUCAGUUGGAGGAAUCAACUUACAAGAAAAAACGCUCAAGAAGCUUACCUUCGUCAUCCAAUGAUCAGAUUACACCUAAACAGACCUUGAGUAUUGUUGAAGACGGUCGCUAUACACGAAGUGGCAAAAAAGGAGAUUCUAGUAUAAUUUUAAGUAAGACUCCUAAACAUUCUUCAACUCCAGCAUUGCCUGAUAAAGCUGUUUCUGAUGUACAAGAUGAUGUUACUCCAAUGAUUAAAACAUCUCUUAACAAUACAGGAAGGAGAGGCAGAUCAUCCAAACUCAGUAUAGGUUCUGAUAUUUCUACAUUGGAGGAAUCCACUUACAAGAAAAAACGCUCUAGAAGCUUACCUUCGUCAUCUAAGGAUCAGAUUACACCAAAACAGACAUCAAUUAUUGUUGGUGAUAUUGGUCACUCUACACGUAGUUUCAGAAAAGGAGACGAUAGUAUAAUAUUAAGCAAUACAAAUAAAGAUCCUUUAUGUACAACACAAUCAACAUUUCCUAUUACAAUUCAUGAUCAACAAAAUGGUGCUACUCCGUUUAUUGAAUCAUCUUCCAGUACCACUAUAGGAAGGAGAGGAAGGCCAUCCAAACUCAAUGUAGGUCUCGAUAAUUCUCAAUUAGAAAAAUCUACCACUGUGAAAAAGCGCUCACAAAGUUUAACAUCAUCAGGUGAUCAGAUUACUCCAAAACAGAUCUCAAAUACUAUAGAAGUUAUUGGUCGCUUUACUCGAAGUAGCAAAACAGGAGAUACUAGUACAGUUUUAAAUAAAACACUAGCUGAUACUUCAUCUGCAACACCAUCAAGAUUAUCUCAUACAACAUUUUCUGGUAAACAAGAGAGUACUACACCAAUUAUUGAAGUAUCCUCCAAUACUAGUGUAAGAAGGGGCAGACCGUCAAAACUCAGUGUAAGUUCUGAUCAUUCUUCAUUGGAAAAAUCUACGGCUAUGAAAAAACUCUCACAAAGUUUACCGUCAUCAUCCGAUGAUCAAAUGACACUUAAAAAGACAUCGAGUCAACCUAGACAAAGUAGCAGAAUAGGUGAUGAUAGUAAAAUACUAAACAAAAUAAAUGCAAAUACUUCAAUUUCAUCACCUUUAUCAUUAAUUGACAGAACACCUUCUGAUGAGGAAGUUUAUGGUACCCCUGAUAUAAGUACGUUGUCAGCAAUUAAAACUAGCGUAGGAAAACGGGGCAGGCCAUCUAAGCUCAGUGGAGGCCUAGAUAAUUCUGAAUUGAAAUCUACCUCUGUUAAAAAACUUUCACAAAGUUUAUCAUACUUAUCAGUCAAAACUAGCGUAGGGAGACAAAGUAUAAUAUCAAAAUCGUGUGUAGGUCCUGACAAUUCUCAAUUAGAGAAAUCUAUCAUGAAAAAACGCUCCCGAAGUUUACCAUCCUCAAUCGAGAAUCAGACUACUCCUAAGCAGACUUCUAGUAUUCUAGAAAGUUUUGGUCGUCUGAGGCGAAGCAGCAGAAAGGGAGAUGAUGGCAAGAUAUUAAACAAGACACUUGCUGAUACUCCAUCCUCUUCACCAUCAACAUUGCCUGAUAAAGCUGUUUCUAGAAAAGAAGAUGGUGCUACUCCAAAUAUUACAACAUCUUCCCUUAACAAUAAAGCAAGGCGGGGUAGACCAGCUAAGCUCGCUGUUAGCACUAAAGUCAAAAAUGAAAAAUUACCUUUGAUAGAAUCUAAUGCUUCACAGAAUUUAACUUCUAGAACUUCUUUGCAAAUUAUUUCUGGAGAACCUUCAGCUACUCUAUCAACUUAUACUCCUUCAUUAGAUCAUAUUGAAGACAUACCAGCCAUUAGUCGUAGAAAAUCUAGAAAACGUAAUGUUGAAGAAGUUUCCCCUGAAUCAGGUCCAUUGAAUCCUAUAUCAUUUCAUGGCUCUAGUGAUGAUAACAUUUCUUCUCUAGCUAAGAAAAGGGUAAAAAUUAGCAAUUCUGAUUCUUUUCCUGUAUUUUCUGAUAGCAUUCUUAACAACAAAGGAACUAACUUCCUAGAUACUAAUGAAGGGAAUUCUAAAACAUUUGGUGCAUUUAGUUCAACCCCUAUUGUCACAAAAAAUCCUUAUAUAAUUGACAGCUGUGGAGAAAAAUAUCGAAGCAGAUGCAAGUUUAGGAACAUGCAAUCACCAAUGGGACUUUCUCCUAUAACUGGUGAAGCAGAUUCUUCUAAGGAAGGAAUGUCUGUUAAAAGUUCUGAUUCAUCUCAUAAUAAAAGGGGGAGACCCAAAAAGCAUCCAGUAAUUAGCAAUGAAACAAUUUCUUCCCCAUCUUUACCAAAAAAAGGAAGGCCUGCUAAGAUUCUGAAAAGUAACUUACCUGUUUCUGGUAAGAGAACAGCUGGAAAGAUCUCUGAAAGUGUGGAAGCUGAAAAUACUUCUUUGCUCAGAGGAAGAUCUGUUGUUAAAGAUUCUGAUUCUUCUCCUAAUAAAAAGGGAAAGUCUAGAAAGAAUUCAGUUAAUAACACUGAAACAAUUGCUUCACCUUCUCUAACUUUACCAAAGAGAGGGAGGCGUGCUAAGAUACAGGAGAGUGUCACUACUGUAUCUGUUGAGAAAACAGCCAGGAAGACUUCAGCAAAUGUGGCAGAUGAAAACACUUAUUUGCGCAGAGGAAGAUCGGUUGUUAAAAAUUCUGAUUCUUCUAAUCAAAAGUCAGAACCUAAAAAGGAUCCAGUAAAUAGCAAUCAAACGAUUGCUUCAACAUCUUCACCAAAGAGGGGGAGGUCAUCUAAUAAGGUUCAAGCCAAAGUUACUACUGAUUCAAGAAAAAACCCAAACAAGAAGGGUUCAGAAGAAAUUGAAGAGGUUCAAACAAAUGUGAGAAGAAGAGGAAGAUCAGCAGUGAAAGAACAGUCAUCCGUACCAGAUAAACGAAAAAGAACGAACACUGAAUCUGAAAGUAAUACAAAUUUUAAUCUAGAUUCCACUUUACCUAAGAAAGGCAGGUCUGCUAAGAGAAAAGAUAGAAAUGAUUCUGAAAGUAAAGAAAAUAUAACUUCUCUUCCAUUGCAGAAGAGACAAAGUUCAGUUGUCGAAAAUUCUAAUUUAUCUCCUGUUAAAAGAGGAAAGUCUAAAAAGAACCCAUCUACGAAAAAUGUAGCCAUUACUUCACCAUCUUCCCCAAAUAAAGGAAAGUCUGCUAAGAUUCAAGAAGCUGUUACUGCUUCUGUGAAAGGAGCUAACAAUAAAGUCUCAAAAAGUAUUGAUGAUCAAAAUAUGUUAUCAUCGCAGAGAAGAGGAAGAUCAGCUGCUGUAAAAGAGGAUUCUCUAGAUAGAAAAGGAAAGCCAAAAGAGGCAAUAGAAAAAAAUAAUGUAGCUCAAAUCUCAUCAUUGUCUAAAAAAGGAAGACCUGCAAUAUUGGAAAAUGUUUCUCCAAGAAGUAGGGGACGAUCAGUAGCAUCAAAACAGACCUCAACACAAUUAUCCUCACAAGCUACUGCUGAGAAAACUUCAAAGUUACCAGGCCGGAGAGGUAAUCUAGCCUCUUCUCCCAAACCUGAAAUACGUAAAGUUUCUGAUCGAUCAAAAGGAUAUCAUUGUCAUGAAUUCCAGCUAGCAGUUGCUAAAGAAAGAUAA